GUCACAAACAGCAGGUGGACAUGUGCAGCUUCACGUCUCUCGGCCAGUUGGUGUGUUUCGGGUUCUCCGCCAUGUUUGGUUUUGGUGGGCGGAGCUUAGCAAGGGCAGAGAAGAAGAGGUGGAUGCCAUCAGGAAGGCGACGGGAGUACGCUUUGGUGAAGACUCUGGCAAGGCUGAGACCAGAAGACUGUCAGCUGUCUUUUUUACCAGCGAAGACAUCAAACAAGAAUUUGAUUGAUCACCUAGACCAGGACCAGGGCCCGGACUCAGAGGGGGAGGAGUCCUGGACAACCAAUCAGGGCCUGUAUAUUAGCAUCGGCAUCAUGUCCAUCCCCUGUCUGAGUCCACAUGUACCUCAAGGACUGGCUCCUAACAGCAGGGUUUCAAAUGGUAGCGCGUCAUUGAUCGCAGUGGGAAACACUUCCAGGUCAGAGUUCAUCAAACACCUGAAGAGAUACAACAGCUCCAGUGGACAGUUCAGCUUCUCCUUCGUGGAAACUCAUGAUGUGUCAGCGGUAAGGAUCCGCCCGCGGUCCAAGAUUGGCUGGUCGGAGGAGGAGAGCGAGGAAGAGGGAGACUCCAGAACGUCGCCCAUCAUCCAAUCAGAGGGAGCUGCCUUUCCGUGGAACAUCGACGGAGAGCUAGUGGAGAUCGCCAACGAAGUGCUCAUCAGGGUCCACCCUCAGCUCAUCACUCUGUACGGGGAGGAGGUGGACGAGGUGGACGAGGCGGAGUCGACAGUUUCCUGCAGCUGCAUCUGAGUCCAGCAGAGGAUUUGCUCCUGUGUGUUUGUUUGUGUGUUUGUUACAAACAAGACACGUCACCUUAGUAACCACAAAUGAUUUGACACUGCCCUCUUCAGGUCAUUACUGUAAACGCUACAACAUGAACUUGUACUAAGGCUUCUGUCAAAGCAGCAAAAAACAGAUUAGAGACAGAUUCUCACAGCUUUCUGAUCAUGACAUUAAAGCUUCAUAAAUCUAUUUUUUUUUUAUUGACAACUGCAUAUUUAAUAACGUAUCAAGUUACCCAUAAGCUAACUUUCACUACCUGUGCUUUUUGAAGAUGCAAGUUUAUCACCUCUAUACUUAAACAAUAAGGAUAAAGGUUUUCUAAUCAAAUUAAUGUUUACAUUUUUACCUCUUUUAUUUGCCUAUUUUUUUUAACUGUAACUUUUUAUUCUGUUUUCCUGUUGCUAUGGCAGUGAGUAAAUACUUUUCUAAUAUUAUUAUUAUUAUGAUGAGUCCAAACUUAAAUGUGGGACAUUUUAAAAAAUGUGGAUUGACUCAAACAUGGUAAGAAAAAGGAGUUCAAUUCACUUCAACAAAGCCCUGAUUGUACUGAUUGUUUUAUAGGUGUUUGUGUGUUGGACUGAGUCAAUGAGUCCAAAGAGCGUUUUAAAUAUGACCUCAUCUUAUUUCUAAUUAUGAGAGAAACUAACACCAGUAAAAGAAAAAAGAGGCA